GCGAAGCACCAUGGGUAUCCUGAGUAAAAACAAAAUGGCGGGUACUUGACACUUCGUGCUCACCUUCUUCUGACUUUAAUUUUUAAGUGUUUUGGGCCUGCAUGAAAAACCAACAGCGUGAAUUGAACGGCUUAAGCAUACAUGGCCAAAGCCUGAAAGUUUCUUUCAAAGGAGAUGGUGUUUUGACGUCAUCGAUUGAGAUAGAACGUUCAAGACAGACACCGUCGGGAGCUUUUUUCCUUGUUUUCUUUCUCUCUAGCAUCGUUGGAACUGUCGCUCUUCCUCAGGAACUUCUGUCAUUAACCAGCUUAGUAGUUUGGACUUUUGUGGUGGUUGCCAUUGUUCUUUUGAAAUUAUAUUGCUGGGAUAUUCAUAAAGAGUCUGUUUUAAUUGUCAAAGAUCUUGGAAUUCAGUACACCAAAUCAUGUGUCCUUGGGCUACAGACAAGUCAAUUUAUUGAACAUCAUAAAAUUGUGGAUGUGCUUAUCAAUGAAGUCAUAACUAUGCACCAAGUUGUAUGUUACUUGACAUUGCUCAUUUCUGAAGGAAAACAGAAUCAACCAAGAAGAAAGCAUGAACUGCUCCCAUUAUUCAUGGCUACUGUACCAAAUCUAGUUACAAUCAAAUCAAUUUAUCAUGGCAUGCAGAAGAUACUUGGGACAUGAUGGAUGAAUUAAAGAUUUAAUCCUCUAGACACUUGCUACCUUUUUCACCCAUUUUUUAACUCCCAAGAAUUGAUCAUUGUCAAUUCUCCCUAGAAUCUAGCUGCUACACAGUUAUUUCUUGUGAAUGAGUAACGAGAAUUUGGUGUUAAAUCAAGAAAAUAACCUCCAUGUGAUAAGUUUGAGUGCUCUCAUUACCCUUUUGCUGGAUAAUAGAUGAAUGUUAUAGGAAGACGUUACAUGUUUUAAAAUGACUUCUGGGAGUUAAAGGGAGAAUGCAUGAAAAAUUAAGUUGCCUUGCCAUAAUUGAA